AUGCAAGGUGUGCCUCUUCCUGUUGGGAUCUGUAAAAAGAUGGCUUAUCAGAAGGUCAAUGCAGAUCAAAGAGCUCCAGGACAUUCACAGUAUUUAGACAAUGAUGACCUUCAAGCCACUGCCCUUGACUUAGAGUGGGACAUGGAAAAGGAGCUGGAGGAGCCUGGUUUUGACCAGUUCCAGCUAGAUAGUGCUGAGAAUCAGAACCUGGAGAAUCCAGAGACUGCAGACCUCAAUCUUGAUUCCAUUCAACCAGCAACUUCACCCAAAGGAAGGUUUCAGAGACUUCAAGAAGAGUCUGACUAUGUAACCCGUUAUACAAGAUCUGCACCAAAGAGCAACCCCUGCAAUUUUUGCCGCCUUUUAAAAAUACUUUGCACAGCCACCAUUUUAUUUAUUUUGGGGAUUUUGAUAGGCUAUUAUGCACAUAAAAAUUGCCCUUCAAAUGCUACAACUUCAGGAACGCUUGAUCUUCACUUAUACCAAGAGAUUCUCAAGACAAUCCAAGCAGAAGAUAUUAAGAAGUCUUUCAGAAAUUUGGUACAACUGUAUAAAAGUGAAGAUGACACAGAAAUUUCAAAGAAGAUUAAGAGUCACUGGACUUCCCUGGGCCUAGAAGAUGUACAGUUUGUAAAUUACUCUGUGUUGCUUAAUCUGCCAGGCCCUUCUGCCAGCUCUGUGUCUCUGAGCAGCAGUGGCCAAUGCUUUCAUCCUAAUGGCCAGCCUUGCAGCGAAGAAGCCAGAAAACACAGCAGCCAAGAUCUGCUUUACUCAUAUGCAGCCUAUUCUGCCAAAGGAACUCUCGAGGCUGAAGUCAUUGAUGUGAGUUAUGGAAAUGCAGAUGACUUAAAAAGGAUACAAAAAAUGAAAAAUACAACGAAUAAGAUUGCACUCCUGAAAUUAGGAAAAUUGCCAUUACUUUAUAAGCUUUCUUUAUUGGAAAAGGCUGGAUUUGGUGGUGUUCUUCUAUAUAUUGAUCCUUGUGAUUUACCAAAGACUGCAAAUCUUAGCUAUGAUACCUUCAUGGUGUCACUGAACCCAGGAGGAGACCCUUCUACGCCUGGUUAUCCAAGUGUGGAUGGAAGCUUUAGGCAAAACCGAUCAAACCUCACAUCCCUGCUGGUGCAGCCCAUUUCAGCAUCUCUCGUUGCAAAACUGAUCUCUUCACCAAACAGCAGAACCAAAAACAGUGUCUGUAGCCCUCUAGAACUGCCAAACAAUGAUCAGAGAAUUGUCAGCAUGCAAAUUCAGACAGUUACCAAAUUCAAAACAGUUACUAAUGUUGUUGGAUAUUUAAAGGGCUUGACAUCUCCAGAUCGGUAUAUCAUAGUUGGCAGCCGCCAUCACACUGCAUACAGUUAUUAUGGACAAGAAUGGGCCAGCAGCACUGCCAUAAUCACAGCUUUUAUCCGGGCCUUGAUGUUAAGAGUUAAGAGAGGGUGGAGACCAGACCGCACAAUUGUUUUCUGUUCAUGGGGAGGAACAGCUUUUGGCAAUAUUGGCUCAUAUGAAUGGGGAGAGGAUUUCAGGAAGGUUCUGCAGAGAAAUGUUGUGGCUUACAUUAGUCUCCAUAGUCCCAUAAGGGGUAACUCAAGUCUAUAUUCUGUAGCUUCACCAUCUCUUCAGCAACUGGUGGUAGAGAAAAAUAAUUUCAACUGCUCCAGAAGAGCUAAGUGUCAAGAAACCAAUGUCAGUUCUGUACAGAUAGAAGGUGAUGCUGAUUAUUUCAUCAACCAUCUUGGAAUUCCCACCGUGCAGUUUGCCUAUGAGGACAUCACAGCAUUAGAGGGUCCAAGUUUUCUCUCUGAGGCCCUUUUCCUUAAACGUGCAACAAAAAUUGAAGAAAUGGAUCCUUUUUUCCACCUUCAUGAAACCAUUACCAAGCUCUCGGGAGAAGUGAUUUUGCAAAUUGCCAAUGAACCAGUUCUGCCCUUUAAUGCUCUUGAUAUAGCUAUAGAAGUUCAAAACAGUCUUAAAGGUGAUCAACCCUACACUCAUCAACUGCUAGCCUUGGCCUCACGCCUGCGGGAGAGUGCUGAACUCUUCCAGUCAGAUGAGAUGCGUCCUGCUAAUGAUCCCAAGGAGAGAAUUCCAAUCCGUGUCCGAAUGCUGAAUGACAUACUCCAAGACAUGGAGAAAAGCUUCCUGGUAGAGCAAGUGCCACCAGGUUUUUAUAGAAAUAUCCUGUACCACCUUGAUGGAAAGACAAGCCAGUUUUCAAUACUCCUGGAGGCUUGGGAGCACUGCAAGUUACUUGCAUCAAAUGAGACCAUUCAGGAAGCCCUGUCAGAGGUGUUGAACAGCAUUAAUUCAGCUCAGGUUUACUUUAAAGCAGGACUUGAUGUGUUCGACAGUGUCUUGGUUGGAAAGAACUGA